GCCCACAAACGCAAAUUAUGAACUUUAUCACGAACCUCGUUUCGAACAUUAGUGGGUCAGGCUCACAAGAACGGUUUCCAUCCUCUAUUCCCUUUACAGAAGACCCAUGCAGCACCUGCGAGGAGCCAUGCACAGCUCACCCUCAGAUACCUGCUUAUCUCGCCAAGAAGAUUGAAGGAGGAGAACUGGUGGGAACCAUGAAGCCAUAUAAGCGCCAUAUUAUGGUGCUAGAAGGCAGAUCAAAGGACUGGCAGGAGCGCCUGGAAUUCAGCGACGGAAUGGUAAAGGUCGUCGGCGGACAAGUUGACCAAUGGGCCGGGAAGGCCGGCUACAGGACCAUAGUUACUGCGUGCGAUCCGGUGGUAAAUGAGAGCGUUGAAGACAGUACUAAAGAGGAAGAGCAGAAGAAAAGCCAAAAAGUGGAGAAGAUGGCUCAAAUAUUUCUGUUUCCUGAACUCGUAUCUGUUGAUUUUGUCUCAGCUGCCGAGGCUCCUACACUUGUUAAAUCCCUUUUGGUUGAUAACCAAAUUCCCGCAACUUUUCCGAAUACACCACUUCCAGGACGAGCGUGGAUAUUCGUUUGCACACAUAAGAAACGGGACAAGCGCUGUGGGGUGGCGGGACCACUACUGGUAGACGAGUUUCGGAAAGCUGUGGAGGAGAUGGGAUUGGUUGGGGAAGUAUUUGUAUAUGGUUGCAGCCAUUUCGGAGGUCACAAGUAUGCAGGAAACAUUAUCAUUUAUCAUCGAAAUCCGUCCGUGGAUGGCAAUUGGUAUGGACGAGUUCGAUCAUGUCACGUGCGCCCGAUAUUACAGACGACGGUGGUUGAGGGGAAGAUUUUCAAGGAGCUGUGGAGGGGUGCCAUGGAUCGGAGCAGCGAGCACAACGAGCGCAAAGAUUGGUGAGCAACUAAAGAAUGUAGAAAUACCAUUAUAUAUAUAUAUACGCUAAAGGAUAGACGAGGAACACGUUACUAUUCUCAACGAGUUUUUAUAAUACAUAUGCCUCCCUAAUGCAAGAC